AUGGCAACAUCAACAACACUUGAAGUUCCAAGAUCGUCUAGAAGUUUAUCAAGAUGUCCAAGUCCUUCUCCAGGGUCUAGAUGUCCAAGUCCUUCUCAAAGAUCAAGAUGUUCAAGCCCUGCUCCAAAAUCAUAUUAUUUAAGAAGUCAAAGUCCAAUGCCGCAAAUUAGUCGUGAUGAAAAUGAUGCAAUUAGAAGAGUAGUUGAUGAGUUAAUAGAAAAUUUUGUUGAUAUGAAAGAACGAGGAAAUCAAGAUGAAACUAUAUCUAGAUUUAUUAACGAUUUUAUAAUUGAUAAUAAACGUUUUCCAUCUCAAAUUUAUGAUUGGUUAUUAAAUAAUCAAAAUACUCCUCAAUAUAUAACAUUACUUGGUUAUUUUUAUUUUGAUUCUAUUGGAAUUGAAGAAGAUUUAAGAAAAUCUUUUAGUUUAUUUCUUACUGCUUCAAAAAUGGACUAUUCAAUCGCUCAAGAUUUACUUGCUGAUUGUUAUAAUUAUGGUUUUGGAACUUCAAAAAAUGAAGAGUUAAGUUUUAUGUGGUAUCAAAAAGCUAUCGAAAGUGGAAGUGUGAAUGCUGAAAAUGGUCUUGGUGCUUGUUACAGAACUGGUUUUGGAAUAAAGAAAGAUAAAUCAAAAACUGCUUUACAUUAUAAAAAUGCUGCAAAAAAAGGAAAUUGUACUGCCAUGUUUUAUUUAGCUUGGUGUUAUGAAAAAGCUUUUGGUGUAGCGAAAGAUUAUGAUCAAGCAAUUAGUUGGUAUGAAAAAGCUGAUAAAAAUGGAAAUUUACUAGCUUUUUAUUCACUGGAUAAAUUACAAAGAAGAAUGAAUAAGUCCGCGUCGCAACCGCCAUCUGAGCCUUCGACAUCCUCACCACAAUCGGAUUCUCAGGAGGAGACAGAUUCUGUUUCAUCACAGGAAGAAAUAAACACACAUUCAUCUCAAAAAGGAGAAGAAGAGCAAAAAGUAGAAGCAGUCAAAUUAAUUAUUACAAAUGAGGAACAAUUUGAUGAAUCUACUUUAAAUGAAAAUGAAAAAUAA